GCCUCUUACACCUCGCUCCCCGCAUCUCACCGCCGUCGCAGCCACUCUCCUUUCCUCGGUCUUCUGCACCUCUUGCUCCAUCUCUCUGCGCCUCUCUUCCGCCGCUCUUCCAGCAGCCGUCUCCUAGUGUGCCACGCGCCCGAGUGCUCUCCAGCAUGGCCAAGAGCACGCCUCGCGCAAAGGCGCCUGCCGCUGCUGCGGCCGCAGCGCCGGCCGCCAGCACGUCGGCCGCCGCACCCUCUUCCUCGUCUGCGCCGGCAAAGCGGCGGCGCACCUCGACGUCCGCCGACAGUGCCUCGGGCGCACCUGCCGCUGCCGCUGCUGCCAAGGGUCCCUACCAUGAUGCACUGCUGGCGCACGACGGCGCCUUCAGCAUGCUGCUCUCGCUUCUGCCUGCCAACCUCUACCUCGGCCCCGCCGACGAUGCGCUGCUCGACGAGGAGGCGGCAAACGCUGAGAGCGGGCCGGGCGCAAAGUUCAUGAAGAACAAGAAGAAGAAGGACAAGGAGCUCGAGAGCGCACGCAAGAAGGAGAAGGCGAGAGAGGGCAAGCGGGCAAAGCUCGACCCGGCCAACCAAAAAUCCAUCCCGGAGCUGCAGGCCGAGCGCGCUGCCAUUGCUGCGGCACGGGCAGCAGCUGCGGACGACGACGUCUCCUUCUCCGGCUCGGAGCUGGGCGGCGAGGGGUCGGACGACGACGACGAGGCCGACGCAGGCUCGGAGCAUGCAGGCGACACAGACGAAGACAUGGUCGACUCGGACAUGGAGACGGAUGCCCGGCCCGCGGCUGCGGCCGCACCGGUGCAAGACGGCGCAAGCAGCAUCACCGAGCUGCGGGCGAAGCUGCAUGCGCGCAUCGGUGUGCUGCAGGCCAAGCGGCGUGCUCCUGGCAUCACUGGCUCCAACCAGACGCCGCUCGGCGCACGCGCGGGCGUCGUUGCGGGCGCCAGCAGUGCAGCGCUGGAUGAUGGCGAGGCGGAUGAUGGCGAGAGUCUGGCGGGCAGCAAGGACGAGCUACUCGAGGAGCGGCGGCGCAAGCGUGGUGAGAUGCGCGAUCGCCGUCGCCGCGAGCGCAAGGAGGCUCGUCGGGCCGCGGGCACGCCCAAGCCGGACAAGAACGCCGCCAAGCUUGCGCCUGGCGCUACGAAGGGCGCAGGCGCCACGAGUGCGCCGACGCGUGCGCCGGCGCUGCUCGUCUCGGACGGCCGGCACGGCGGUGCUGCACGCGCAGGUGGCAGCGGUCGCUCAGACGAUCCGUCGGGCACCGACGUGACAUUCUCGAAGCUCAAGUUUGCAGCCGACGCACACACGGACAAGAAGAGUCGCCACGCCAUGCCUGCCGACCCCAAGGCCGCACUGGCCGUGCUCGAGGCGCGCAAGGCUCGCGAGGCCAAGCGUGCGGAGAAGCUCGAGGCAAAGGGCCCUGACGCGGACGCCGAGGCACGCGCAAAGGAGAAGAAGGAGGCUGAGCGCUGGAGCCGUGCUGAAGCCGCGGCGGAGGGCGUCAAGCUGCGCGAUGACGAGGGCCUGCUGAAGAAGGCAGUGAAGCGCAAGGAGAAGGAGAAGAGCAAGAGUGCAAAGGAGUGGGGCGACCGCGCACGCGACCUGCAAAAGAAGACGGAGCAGCGCAUCAAGAAGCGCACCGACAAUCUGGCGGCGCGCAAGGAGCGCACGGGCGGCAAGAAGAAGGGCGGAGCGGCCGGCGGUGGCGGCAAGAAGGGCACAAAGGCUCGCCCGGGCUUCGAGGGCAAGGCGUCCUUUGGCGCUGGCAAGAGCCGCGGCGGCGGCACUGCCGGACGCGGUGGACGCGGAGGCGGCAAGACGGGAGGCCGCAAGUAGACAGCCUCGUCGUGCGCGGCUGUCUGUUGGGCUCUAUGAGAUGUCAUUUCAGCCA